AUGGAAGACAAUGAAGCUCAACUGGCAGAACAACUUUUGAAUUCUGGCUGGAAUAAACUCGUUAAAACCGUGAAGGAUUUUGUAAUUGUUGACAAAUCAGAAGAGGCUACUGUUUCCACUUACGUUGAUGGGCAGAAUCAGUGUAUGUCAAAGGCCCAAGAUUCGGAUAAUAAUCACAUAUCGGAUUUGUCAGAUGAAUUGCUGGAGUUUACAGAUGAUGUAUGUGAUCAUGUCCAAAUCCCCACUCUAGUGCGAAAGUCAUUUAUUGUGGGACGAUUUGACCCUUUUUUUCAUGAAGGGCAUGAUAUUGCACAAGAUAUUAUGAAGCAUUUGACAUCCUGGAACGGACAUGGCUUGAAAUACUCACCUGAUAGUAAGGAAACUAGUGAUAAUAUCAAGCUUGCCUAA